GGCCGGCUCUCCGGGUGGCGCUUGGGCCCGCCCUCCUCCGGGGCCCAGCCGGGAGGGGGCCCGGGCCGGCGCGGGGCGGGGAGAGCCGCCUGGCCCCUCCCCUCCGCUGCCCUCCCCAAAGUUGCUGUCUCCCCCGGGGCCGGCCAGUCUUAUGAUCCAGCGGAUCCUCCUGGGGAGGCCGGGCCGGGGAGAGGGCGCGGGCGCCGAGCGGUGGGUGCAGCGGGCGGGCGAGGCGACCGGGGCCCGGGCGGGGAUCCGGGCAGCGACCGAGGCGGCGGCAGCGCUCCGGGCCCGCCGCCCCCUCCCCUCGGGCGGGGGGAGCCGCUGCAUGGGGCCGGGGGGGCGGCCCUGCUGCGCGGAGCGGCGGCGGCGGCGGACCCCCCAGGCGGGCUGGGGCUGAGCCCGGGACCGGGGCGGGGGCUCCGGGGGGACCAUGCCCGGAGGCCGGCCGGCCGCAGCAUGGCUCACGGGCCCGGCGCUCUGAUGCUCAAGUGCGUGGUGGUCGGCGACGGGGCGGUGGGCAAGACGUGCCUACUCAUGAGCUAUGCCAACGACGCCUUCCCGGAGGAGUACGUGCCCACCGUCUUCGACCACUACGCAGUCAGCGUCACCGUAGGGGGCAAGCAGUAUCUCCUGGGACUCUAUGACACGGCCGGACAGGAAGACUAUGAUCGUCUGAGGCCUUUAUCUUACCCAAUGACUGAUGUCUUCCUUAUAUGCUUCUCUGUGGUAAAUCCAGCCUCAUUUCAAAAUGUGAAAGAGGAGUGGGUACCGGAACUUAAGGAAUAUGCACCAAAUGUACCCUUCUUAUUAAUAGGAACUCAGAUUGAUCUCCGAGAUGACCCCAAAACUUUAGCAAGACUGAAUGACAUGAAAGAAAAACCCAUUUGUGUGGAACAAGGACAGAAACUAGCAAAAGAGAUAGGAGCAUGCUGCUAUGUGGAAUGUUCGGCUUUAACCCAGAAGGGAUUGAAGACUGUUUUUGAUGAGGCUAUCAUAGCCAUUUUAACUCCAAAGAAACACACAGUAAAAAAAAGAAUAGGAUCAAGAUGUAUAAACUGUUGUUUGAUUACGUGAGAAACAUCUUCAGUGGCCAAGGAAACUGUCCAUUUCUCUUAAAAAGCAUAUGAAAUGCUACAACUAUACCCAGACCUCUUCUAAAUAAUGAAGCAGUUUAAAACUUGAAAGAAAAAAAAAAAAAACCUUAAGAAUGUUUCUUAAAGGUCCAAGAAGCAGCAAACAGCAUCUGAAGCCACAAUCUAUUAUAAAUACUUUAUUUCAACUAGAAGGUACAAUCUCUCAGGGGUUUCAUAGUUUAAAAAGCUACAAUCACACCAUGUUGUAACUACAUAAAAAAACAGUGCUGUAAAUGGAACUGCCUGGCUUAGACCAUAAACAUUUCUGCACAGUCUUUAUGGAAUCUGCACAAAGAAAUAUCUUCUCCCUUUGCUCCAAUUAAUUGUUCUUGUAUGUAAGUUGCUUUCUAUUCCAGUAUAUCCAGAGUGGUGAAAUCACAAGGCCAGCCACGUAGCCAAAGGUCGCUCCAAGCGUACAGGAGAUGGGCCAUACCUGAGGAGAGAAUGUAUGAGAUCAAAAAAGAAUAACUGUUUUAUUAUAACUUGAGCACAAGUGAACCUAAAUAUUUCUAUAUUAAAGCUUAAUGUGCUUUCUUACAGAAUGCCAAAAGUGUAAUAAGGUUAUAACUGCAUUUAUCAUGAACACUAAAAAUGUACACAUUCUAGUUAAUGUACAUUUGACUGUAACAAGGCUUCUGGCGACGGUAGACUUAGUUUGAUGCUCCCCAAACUGCAUGAGAUACAUCCUAAAAUUACAAAUUAAAAUUCUGGGUCAGACUUUGUCAUAAUCCUGGACUUGAUAUAGCUGUCUGAAGUAGUUGGCAAUUUUGUCUUUUAAUUUCUACCUUGGCUUAUGUAAUCAGAUGACAUGAGAUGUGUGUAUGCUGACCAAACUACAAGAAAACUUUAAAUAGUGCUAAAGAAAAGAGACCUAGAAUUUGAGCAUGUUAUAUGGAAUUUAUAACAAAGCAACUGCUUCCAUAAUAAUACUGAUGUUACCUUUCAGACACAGGUAUUGGAACAAGAGCAGAAGUUCUAGAACUACAACUUAAUGUACACACCUAAAAGUGUCAGUUAAAUGCAAUACUGGCUUCUAAAUACCCAUUUUGUCCAGCCAUAUUACAUUUUGCAAUAUUAGAUCAAGCAAGCCAGAAAUAAAUAAUGUUGAUUUCUUUCAUCCACAAGCAGUACGUGCUAGUCCCUAGGUGAAAGGCCCUGCUUUGAAAAAAAAAAUUUUUUUUUUGUUCACCUGUGAGGCUUAUUUGGUAUACUGGAGCCUUUUCUAAUCUUUCUCUGGGGACUCAGGCUGCAGAAUUGUGUUAGAGGUGAACCAUCUUAAUUACUCGUUCUAUAACCUAAUUAUGCUUCCUUGUUUGGUCUGCUAUGGAUCUGCCUUGUUCCAUAUGCCAUGCAACAGACAGUAGUGUUAGACAAAGUUUCAGUGUGAACAAAUUAAUGCAGUUCAGACAAGCAUAAUCUAACCCAUACAUUUUUCUCCAGCCUUUCCUCCACUUAAACUUGCUGUUGACUAAGCUAUGAGUUAUUUAUGUCUUUGGUGAGCUUCUGUUAAUUUCCAUGACUUGAGCUAAUAGCUGUGUCUAUUGCACAGAUUGGGUAAUGGAACACUAAACUUUUAUACUUGAAAAUGACAGCCUUAAAUGCUCUUAUCAGUCACAAAUCUAGGAUGUACUGUCUUGUCUGUAAGCUUUGUAGAGAUUUUUAAAAAUAGAAGCAUCAUCUUCCCCAUUGAAGAGUGAAGAGUCUACUGGGUAACUAGUCAGGAACUUUCUCUCUGAACUGGACAUCCAGUGGACAUCUUCCUUCUCCCAAAGUGACAGUUCAUAUUAAGUACCACGGCCUUAUGUGUGCUCAAACAGAAUCUUUAUGUAACUUUCUCAUUUAAUUUGGGUCGAUUAAUUAUUAACUAUUUUUAGAUACAACUGAAAGGAAUUGCAUAAAUCAGUAUAUUAACUAUGUUGACCAACACAUGGUAUAAAGGAAUUAAGACAGUAAAGUAUUAUACAUUUCCACCUCGCCUUUGGGGAUUUGAUGGGGAUUUUUUUUUUCUUCUUCAAAUUCACUUCUGAAACUUUUCAUACUUGGUUUACUAGCCAAUUAAAGUUAAAGUCUAGAAUUUGAUCUGCCCUACGAGAAGUGGACUAGGAAUCUGGGAACAAACUCUGGUGUCACUCGGUUUCCUGCCUGGGCCUCAGUUUCUUCAUCUAUAAUAAACAUGGGAGGUAGAAGAGGACCUCCAACAUCUCUCCCAUUUAUCAACUCUUAUGAUUCUCUUCUUUCUUAUUCACAAUAUUGUUGGACAUUACCUUUUCAGCUGCACAUUCUUAAGAUGGUAAAAAACCCUGUAUAUAGACUAUUCGAACUCUAAGCAAAGAUGAUUGUAUCAUCUGAACCUGAGGUGCCUUAGGUACUCUAUUGACCUUGAUGGGGUUUGGAGUUUCCCAUUGCUUAUUAAGAGCCUCUUUAUUGCUUUGAUUCCUUAGUAUUUCUUUUUGCACUCAAUCCUUCCUGCCACCCUAACUAAAAACCAAAGAUUUGUUUCCUAUUCAUGAGCAGAUUGUAGAAAAAUUGCCUUAUUUUCAGAAGCACAUCUUCAUUAAAGAUUUAAGUUUCAGCAGAAAUUGAGACUAAUCACUGGAACAACUCGUUCAAAGUAGUCAAGUAGUUGGGAAAUAAAAUACUUCGAAAAUAUUUUACUGACAUGAGUUUUGCUAGUCAAUGCAAAUAGUUGCUUGAAAUAAGGUCAUGUAUGAAUGAACUUAAAAGAAACGUAGUUAUAUUUUUCGCAUAUAAUCAGUUCUGAAGUUCUUAAAAAUAAUUUUAGGGGCUCCCUGAAAUCUCAUUUCUAAUACUUUGCUAACUUGUACCCUUGUUCUGUCUCUACAGAUACAUUUUAGGUUAGCCCAUGUUGAAUGAUCUUAUUUCUAAUAAGUAGAGCCUGAAUUAAUGGUUUUAUUGUGAAUUAGUUACUUUAGGCAUUGCUUCCAUUUGAUUUUUAAUUAUUACUCUUAAGUACCAAAUUAAAUACUGGUUUGUUGGUUGUUGUUUUUUAAGUGAUUGUUACUUAAACAGUGUCCCAUCUUAACACAUGGGGUUAUAAAUAAAAUAAUAUGCAUAGUUUA